CGGCCCUCCGUUUCCCGCCGGGGUCAUCGGCGCGUCGACCCAAGGAUCCAUUUGCUCUAAACGAUCCGGUGGGAUCAGCAUGGGCCACUCCGUUAGCUCCUUAAUCAUGGCUUCCACGCUUUCACACCAACUUGGCCACAAUCUCGGUCUCGCCCACGACAGCGACGGCUGCGGCUGCAACACUUCCAUCCGUCCCCAGAGCCGGAAGUGCAUCAUGGAAGCACCGACCGGGAUUAUGCCCGGGUUGAGCUUCAGCACCUGCAGCCAGCAACGCUUCCGAGAAAUCUUCCAGAGCAACCAGGUGGGCUGCCUCCUGGACCAGCCUGAGCCGGCUCGUUUGGGGAAGUCCCGUUGCGGGAACCGCCUGGUAGAAUCCGGAGAGGAGUGUGACUGCGGCCUCUUUUUGGAGUGCACAGAUCCUUGUUGCAAUGCAACCACCUGCCAAUUAGUACCAGGAGCCCAGUGUGCCACCGGACAAUCUUGCUGUCACCAGUGCAAGCUACGCAGUGCUGGGCACACUUGCCGUCCAAUCCAGAAUGAAUGUGACCUCCCCGAAUUCUGCGACGGGACAUCCCCACGCUGCCCUUCGAACACCUACAAGCAGGAUGGCACCCUAUGUGAAGGCGGCAAGGCGGUGUGCCACGGGGGCAUCUGCCCCACGUACUUAAGUCAGUGCCAAGCCCGUUGGGGUCCCGACGCGGUUCCCGCGACAGAAGCCUGCGUGGCGUCUCUGAAUCAGAGAGGAGAUGCCCAGGGCAACUGUGGGCAGAAUCCUGCCGGAUCCUACGUCUCCUGCGCUAAGAGCGACGUCCGGUGUGGGCAGCUGCAGUGCAAGAAAAAACGCAAUGGAACGCUUAGGACCCUCAACUGCCUGCGUGAUGCUCUGAAGGUUGUCGUGGCAACCGACGUUGUAGAGGAAGCCGGGACGUUAUCCGGGACAAAUUGUGGUCCUCAUAAAGUUUGCAUCGACCAGCGAUGCCAGGAAGUUUCCUCCUUAAAAUUCCCCGUGUGCCAGUGCAACGGACGUGGGCUUUGUAACAACAGAGGGCACUGCCAUUGCGAGCCCGGGUGGGCGCCCCCUGGCUGCCAGGCGGGCGGCCUUGGGGGCAGUGUGGACAGUGGGCCCCCAGCCCCGGGGGAAG